CACAGAUUCCUUUCACAGAGUCUCAUAAAACCACUUAGAAACUGCUGAAUGUGUUCUAGAGCAGACAAUAGUUUACACGAAAUCAGCGAGUGUGACUUCCUUGAAGAAAGUGAAAACGCUGGACGACGCCGACAGGCUUGGCCUUGCUCUGUGGUUAUGUCAUCGAGUAACCGGCCGUCGAGCUGAGGAGACAGCUAGUAGUCUCGGCAAACUCCUCAGCAUGACUCCGUUCGUUUACGUGCUCUUGUUCUUGACUGCAAAUGAAGUGAUGGCUGAGAAGAGUAAGGAAGAGAAAUGCGGUUUGCCAAGCAAUAUAGCCACACUUCCCGACUAUGCCCAAGUAGAACUUAGAGACCUUUGGAAAAGCUACGUCGAAGGAGAGCCGUGCGAGAAAGAGCUGAUAAUUCAGCAAGAUGUGCUCAACGUUGUCAACACAUUCAGCAAGGAUUUGAAGGGUGGUAGUGAGUUAUUUGUAAUGAUUUUUUUGACGAUGUAUGAUCUCUGA